AACAACUCGCAUUUUUUUUUUUAAAUACGGUUUUUCAUACUAUAAUCUUUUUCUCUUAUGUGUUGCUUGUUUGGUUUAUAAUAUGGCGAAACGAACCAACAAAACCGACGUCACCUUUUUUUGUCGUGUCCUUUGUUGUGUGUGACGCUGGCGGCGGUAGUUUUUAUGAUGCGCGGCUAUGCGAGGCAUUACGACAAUUCCACACGCGGUAACCAUGGCGACCAGACCAAAACAGGAAGUGUGCUGUCUUGAUGAGGGGCUUCCAGCUACAGUGGAGAGACUUUGCCGCCUCAGCUGCGUGUAAAGUUCCGUGUCCUGUGUUGGUGAGCCAGAGACAAGUCCAGCACAAUGGGGACAUCACUGUCCAGGGCCGCCCAGUGGACCUCCACUGACUCUGAUCACGGCAAGCUGGAGUCCACGCCGAUGAACCAGAGCCUGCUGAACGAGAUCCUUCGCUUUGCGGAGAACUUCAGCUCCAGGAACCCGCAGGAGGCAGAGCUCUUGUUCGAGGAGCCGCUCCAGUGGAGCAGCACUUUAGCCGCCUCUGACUUCACACCAGACUAUGAAAUCAGAGAGGAGGACGUAGUAGAGUCGCAAGAAAAAGACGAGGAGGGACGUCCACUCCUGCUCUUCUCUCCCCCGACUGUUUGUGUCCGCAACUUCCGCCAACUCUCCAAACUGCUCGGUCUGGCAAAUGAGAAGAAACUGCUGGAAGUUCAGGCAUGUGUUGAAGACAACAGAAAUCCUCUGGUGAAGAUUCUCGGUCCCAGCCUGGCCAACAUCCAGAAGAUUGGAAAGACCGACAAAGAUAAAGAGCAACAACAGAGCAGCGAGUCAGAGGGCAAAAUGAAGCUGGUCCGCCUUCUCCAAAGUGCGGACAAGCACAUCCUCCGCAAGUUUAUGAAGGAGAUAUCAGAGAAGGUGGAUCUUAAUCCCACUCCUGUGAAGAAAGAAGUGGAGUAUUUAAAGAAUGUUUGCAGUACUGGGGAGAAUAAGGUGUUGAAGUUGGUUCGAUACACAUCAGACUAUGAAUUUCCAAAUGGAUGCCGCGCCCCCCUGUGGAGACAACUUCAGGGUGAGAUCUGCUACCUGGUGGUUGAGCCUUACGACACGGAGACGCUCUACAUCACCUGCAGCGCCGCUGGAGUCUUCUUCAACAUGGGCAUCAAGCCGGAGGGGGACGAGAUCAACUACGAGCGAACGAGUGAGGUGUUCAAGGACAUAGUUUCCCUGCUGAAGAGCAAAUCUCAGGUCUUUGCUGAGAGCAUGGACUUACAGGAUGCACGGGAAACUGCACGUACAUCAAAGCCUCACGUGGAAUUAGUGGAUGCACAGACGCAACUUUCGCUGAAAAGGGUUGAGAAGAGUGAACCCUCUACUCAAUUGAAGGAUGUCCAGUUGACUCCCAGUGAAGUGGAGGAAAAUAAAGAUGCCGACAAUGACAAGAAGAAACAACAGGGAGCCAAGAGCAAGAAUAAGGCGCAUUUCUCCGAGUCGUCUUAUGCAGACCAGUUGUCCUCAAUGAAAAUCAAGAACCAGAAACAGCAAGCGGACCUUUUCAGUGAGACGUCAUCUGAGAGUGAUCAGAGUUACGAAGAAGAGGAGCAGCCAGUUCGCCGUCAACGGAACACAGACCAGCCCUCAGACUACUGGCAGAUCCAGAAACUGGUCAAGUACCUCAGGGCUGGCGACCAAACGGCCACUCUGCUGACUCUGUACGCCCUGAUGGACUAUGACCUGAAGCAAGAGACGUACCAUCUGGCCAUUCAAGACUCUGGUGGCCUCAAAGUCCUGACUAACAUUCUGCAUUUGGAAGAAGUCAAUCUCCAACUCGGAUCUCUGGGAAUUCUGAGAGAGAUCAGCCUCAACCCGCAAACCCGCCGGGCCAUUGUUGACAACGGUGGACUGCGGAGCAUCGUCAACGCCCUGGACUCGCGAAACAAAGACGUAAAGGCCUUGGCUGCGGAGACUAUUGCAAACUUGACCAGCUUCCGCCGGGCGAGGAGGACUGUCAGGCGGUACAACGGUAUUAGUAAACUUGUGAAGCUGCUGGACUGCAACGCUGAUUUGGCCAACGUGGACCCAAAGCAGGAGAAGGACGUUGAGGUCGCCCGCUUUGGCGUUAUAGCCCUCUGGAGCUGCAGCAAGAGUCCCAAAAACCAAGAAGCCAUCCAUAAGGCGGGGGGCAUCCCUCUGCUGGGACGCUUGCUCAAGUCUCCGCAAAUGAACAUGCUCAUCCCCGUGGUGGGCAUCCUGCAGAACUGUGCCACGGAGGAAAGUUGCCAGGAUGCUAUUCAGACUGAAGGCAUCGUCAAGGAUUUGGUCCAACACCUGGGCAAUGACAACGAUGCACUCCGGAUUCAUUGUGCCAAUGUUAUCUUCAAGUGUGCAGAGAACAAGCGAACCCGCACCUUGGUGAAUGAGCACAAAGGUCUCCAAGCCCUGGUUUCACUUCUGAGCAAGACUGAAAACAAGCAGCUCAUGGCUGCCUCCACAGGAGCCGUCUGGAAGUGUUCCCUCAGCUCGGACAACCUGGAUGUGUUUCAAGAUCAUAAAGUCCUGGAGAUCCUGAUUGGCUUGCUGACUAAUCAACCUGAGGAGGUGCUGGUGAAUGUGGUCGGAGCCUUGGCGGAGUUCGCCCAGAAACCCGCAAACAAAGUCACCAUCCGCAAGUGCGGAGGGCUCAAACCUCUCAUCAAGCUACUCAUCGGCAGGAACGAGCCGCUGUUGGUGAACGUAACCAAGGUAGUGGAGGCCUGUGCUGCGGAUCUGGACAACAUGGUGAUCAUUCAGGAGCUUGACGGAAUCCGCUUGGUGUGGAGCUUGUUGAAAAACCCCAGUCCAGAAGUUCAGUCCAGCGCGGCGUGGGCCCUUUGUCCAUGUAUUGAAAAUGCAAAGGAAGCAGGGGAAAUGGUGAGCUCGCUGAUGGGCGCUAUGGAGCUGGUGAUUGACUUACUGAAGUCCCCUGACGACAAGGUCCUGGCGAGCAUGUGUGCCGUGGUGGCCAGAAUAGCCAAAGACAAGUACAACCUGGCCGUCCUGACGGACUAUGAGGUGGUCUCCCUUCUGGCCAAGCUGACUGACAAUCCUGACGACAUGCUCCGCUGCCACCUGGCUCAGGCCAUCGCCCAGUGCUGCUCCUGGCGCAACAACAGGGCGGCCUUCGGCGAGGCGGGAGUGGUGCCCCCGCUCGUGCUCUACUUGAAGUCCCAAGACAUGAAAGUCCGCCACAGUACAGUGAUGGCCCUGCACCAGUUGUCCAAGGAGUCCAACAACUGCAUCGCCAUGCACGGCGAAGGAGUGGUCAAGCCUCUGAUUCACUUCAUGGGCUCAGAUGAUGAGAAGGUUCGCAACGCAGCUGCUGAUUGUGUGCGCAACAUCCGUGUUCUCUUCCCAGGACAGGCCAGGGCCAAAAAAGCUGCACCAGUCAACUGAAGCACCACCUUGAUCCACAUCCACAUCAAAUGUUCUACUUUCACACCUGGAGUGAGAUAACAAUGAUAGCACCAAGCUCAUGGCCUUUGGGUUUUUCCCUCAAAGUCUUCUCUCUGGGGAAUGAUCUGUAACCCUUAACAAAUAAAGACAUGG